AUGUAUGUGGGAUACCUAUUGGAUAAAGAGAGCAGCAUGUACCACCAAGGACCCGUCAGAAGAUCAGGCAUCAACUUGCCUCCACAAAACUUUGUUUCCACGCCACAGUACCCCGAUUUUAGCGGAUACCAUCACAUGCCAAACAUGGACACGCAUGCACAGUCUACGGGCAGCUGGGGGCCUACAUAUGGGGCCCCGAGGGAGGAUUGGGGCGCCUACAGUCUGGGGCCUCCAAACAGCAUCCCUGCGCCUAUGAACAACUCGUCUCCGGGGCAAGUGUCGUACUGCUCACCCGAGUACAGUCAUAUGCAUCCACCCAGCGCCGCCGUGCUGCAGCCACCGCCAGAAAACGUUACAGCCUCUCAAAUGUCUCCAGACAGAGAAAGGCGCAACUCAUUUCAGUGGAUGAGCAAAACUGCACAAUCGUCCUCAACAGGCAAAACCAGAACGAAGGAGAAAUACAGGGUUGUGUACACGGACCAUCAGAGACUGGAGCUGGAGAAAGAGUUUCAUUUCAACAGAUACAUCACUAUCAGGAGGAAGUCUGAACUCGCGGUCAACCUGGGCCUCUCCGAAAGACAGGUCAAAAUCUGGUUUCAGAACCGCAGGGCCAAAGAGAGGAAACUGAUUAAGAAGAAGAUGGGUCAGUCUGACGGCAGCAGUGGCUCCGUGCACAGUGACCCCGGGUCAGUGAGUCCACUCCCUGUGCCAGGCUCUCUCAGCCCCUCAGACAUCCAUGGGUCUCUGUACCCACCUCAGCCCAUGAACACCUUGCCUUCGAUUAGGAAUAUACAGCAAGUGACUGUGACACAGUGA